AUCUGGCUCUUCAAGCACCGCCGGGUGCGCUUUCUACACGAGACCGGGCUGGCCAUGAUCUAUGGUAACAUUUGAUCCAGAGGUCUUUUUCAACAUUCUGCUGCCUCCAAUUAUUUUCCAUGCUGGAUACAGUUUGAAGAAGAGACACUUUUUCAGAAAUCUUGGGUCUAUUCUGGCCUAUGCCUUUUUGGGGACUGCUGUUUCCUGCUUCAUUAUCGGAAAUCUCAUGUAUGGUGUGGUGAAGCUCAUGAAGAUGGUGGGACAGCUCUCCGAUAAAUUUUACUACACAGAUUGUCUCUUUUUUGGAGCAAUUAUCUCUGCCACUGACCCAGUGACUGUACUGGCGAUAUUUAAUGAGUUACAUGCAGAUGUGGACCUUUAUGCACUUCUGUUUGGAGAAAGCGUCCUAAAUGAUGCUGUUGCCAUUGUGCUGUCCUCGUCUAUUGUUGCCUACCAGCCAGCAGGGCUGAACACUCAUGCCUUUGAUGCUGCUGCCUUUUUUAAGUCAGUUGGCAUUUUUCUAGGUAUAUUUAGUGGCUCUUUUACCAUGGGAGCUGUGACUGGUGUUGUGACCGCUCUAGUGACCAAGUUUACCAAGCUGCACUGCUUCCCCCUGCUGGAGACUGCGCUCUUCUUUCUGAUGUCCUGGAGCACGUUCCUCUUGGCAGAAGCCUGUGGGUUUACAGGUGUUGUAGCUGUCCUUUUCUGUGGAAUCACACAAGCUCAUUACACCUACAACAAUCUAUCGGUGGAAUCAAGAAGUCGAACGAAGCAGCUCUUUGAGGUGUUACACUUCCUGGCAGAGAACUUCAUCUUCUCCUACAUGGGCCUGGCACUGUUUACCUUCCAGAAGCACGUUUUCAGCCCCAUUUUCAUCAUUGGAGCUUUUGUUGCCAUCUUCCUGGGCAGAGCUGCACAUAUCUACCCGCUUUCCUUCUUCCUCAACUUGGGCAGAAGGCAUAAGAUUGGCUGGAAUUUUCAACACAUGAUGAUGUUUUCAGGCCUCAGGGGAGCAAUGGCAUUUGCACUGGCCAUCCGAGACACGGCAUCCUAUGCUCGCCAGAUGAUGUUCACGACCACCCUCCUCAUUGUCUUCUUCACUGUAUGGAUCGUUGGUGGAGGCACAACACCCAUGUUGUCAUGGCUUAAUAUAAGAGUUGGCGUCGAGGAGCCCUUUGAAGAGGACCAGAAUCAACACCGCUGGCAGUACUUCAGAGUUGGUGUUGACCCAGAUCAAGACCCACCACCCAACAACGACAGCUUUCAAGUCUUACAAGGGGAUGGUCCAGAUUCUGCUGGAGGAAACCGGACAAAGCAGGAGAGUGCCUGGCUAUUUAGGCUGUGGUACAGCUUUGACCACAAUUACUUGAAGCCCAUCCUCACACACAGUGGCCCCCCGUUAACCACCACUCUCCCAGCCUGGUGUGGCUUGCUCGCCCGAUGUCUGACUAGUCCCCAGGUGUAUGACAACCAAGAGCCACUGAGAGAGGAGGACUCUGACUUCAUCCUGACUGAGGGUGAUCUCACCUUGACCUACGGGGACAGCACUGUGACUGCCAAUGGCUCCUCAGGCUCCCACACGACUUCCAUGAGCCUUGAAGGCAGUCGGAAAACAAAGAGCAGUUCUGAGGAGGUGCUGGAACAAGACCUGGGAAUGGGAGACCAGAAAGUUUCAAGCCGGGGCACCCGCUUGGUGUUCCCCCUGGAGGAUAAUGCAUGACUUUGCCCCCAAACCCUGAAGUGAUGGGGUAGACCCACCAGUGGUGGGGGUUGGCUGCAUGCUCCAGUGUUGUUUGAGGUGGGACAGUGACUGAAUGGAACUAACACUUCUAUUUUACUGAGGUCUGAAGAUAUCUUAACAUUUAAAAUUUAACCCAAGAUACAAAUGGUAGGGCUCAAGUGUCUCUAAAUCAAGACAAAUGCACACCUAUUCCCACUUUUUCACAUAUUAGUGCACUGUUCAGAGUUAAACAAACAAAAACAAUCGCAUGCUUUACUGGUCUCUUAAUUCAUUCACCUGCAGUACCUGAACAAGAUUUGGUAGGUGCUGGGGAUCCCUUCCAGGAGAGGCUUCAUAUCCAUACACAGCAGUGCUAGUCCAGCUGGAUGUAGGAAUAUCAGGUGAGAGAAGAACAGGCUAGAAGAAAGAUUGUGAAGGAAGGCAAGUGAGAUUGGACCUCCAAGGAUUAGGGGAAGCUGUUGUUAAAUGGGACAGAAAACAUGAAAAAGCAAUUUGACUGGAGGCUCGAGCAACAAGGGCUGUGUGAUAGCAGCCUCAUCUCAGGAUUCCUGACUUCUUUUGCUACCUGUAUUUCCUCUAGACUGAAGAUUGGAAAAUAUAUCCAUCAACAUUUCAACAUCGGGGAAAGAAUUAUAAUUUCUUCUCUGGAAAUCUCCAUAAAGAAGAAGUUACUGAAAUGUUUAAAACCAAAGGCAAAAUAGUGUUAUACUGCUGUUUUUAAAUUAAUCUGAAGGCAAGAGAAACUGUUUAGAAACUGAUGAUGAUAUUACUGUAAAAAUCAGUCAAUCCUUGAGGGCUGCUAUAUGAACCGACUGCCUGGAAAAUCAUUAACAGGACUGAGAUAGCUACUGUGGGUUUAGAAGUAACACCAAAAUUUGUGGAGUGCUUUGAUCUGGGGAAGAGAAGGGAGUAAGAAGCCUAGGAGGCAAUAGGCUAGUAUUCGGAGGGAAGAAAUCUCACUGUGAUAAAAACAACUGCAAAGAAAAUACAAGGUAGUAUUCUAAAGACUGAGCCGAAUUCCAACUUCAAGCUAAGGAAUGAAUGAGAUUUUAGUGGCCACCUGAAGAAUCAGAGGUUAGUCAGUGGAAUGUUAAGCUUUAUUCAAUCCAGUGGAAGGUUCCUAUCCACUAUAAGAUUAAAAAUCUAGACAUCUUGACACUGAGUGCCAUGUAGAGGAAGGUCAUUUUCUUGUUAUCCAGGGAGGCUUUCACCAGCUUAAUGUGUGAGUGUGGUCUGAAAUUUAGAUUUUUAGUUUGGGUUCUUCUGUGGGUGAGCUAGUCUACCUGCCCACACUGGUAGUAAGUGAAAUACUGAGAACUCUUAGAAAUCAAGUUUGGGAUUCUCCUUGUGCUCUAUGCUUCAGUGCUAUUAUAUUUGAAAACCCAAUUUCUAAAAAAUGCUUUCGUUUAAUGUGGCCAUUUUCCUUAUAAAAUAGUGGCCCAGUCUAGUGCACCCAUCAUGAAAUCAGCCAUUUAACCUUCUUAACUCACAUUUUAAAAUAAGACAUUGGUUAAUUUUUAAAUAAGACAUUGUUUCACACUUUGUUUUUCAAUCUAUAAUUUGUGCAAAUCAGGAAAAAUGUAUUAGUUUGAGCCAUAUGAAAUUGCUGGUAACAAUUUUAAAGAAAAAGAAAUGAC